AUGUCAUCAGUAGCUAUAUUUGGGGUCAACAGUUCCGUCUUCCCAUCUAUUUUUGAGGCCAUUACUUCAUCUACAUUCAAGUCAAACUUCAAAUUUCCAUUGAGGGGAAUUACUAGAUCGAAAGAUGGCAAAACUGAUACUUCAGAAUUAGAAUACUAUGAAGCUAAUGACGAAGAGUCUUUGAAGCAAGCGCUUGAAGGUUUCGAUAUUAUUAUCUCUUUAGCAGGUCCUAGUGCUGAUUUCGAUGUAUUGGCAAAGGCAGUUAUUAGUGCCAAACCUAAAUUGUACAUUCCAUCUCAAUUUGGAAUGGAUUUAGAUAUUGUUCCAUUUGACGUUCUUGGUUUUAAGACUAAGCAUUCUAGAUAUGUCAGGGCUGGUGGGAUUAAGGUGGUCGAUAUUUGUACUUCCCAUUUCCUUCAAAAGGGCGCCUGGAAUGAUGUUCCUUCCCAGGCGUUGAGUUUGAAUUUUGAAGGUGACAAAGCUAUUAUUAGAGGUGAUCCAGAUGUUAAAUGGGCAUUUACUGCAUACGAGAAUGUUGGUCAGACUAUUGUAUCAGUUAUUUCAAAGGAUCCAUCAACACUCCCAGAUAAAGUCCGUGUUUGGUCAGACAAGAUCACUCAAGAACAACUUUUGAAUAGAAUGAUGGGCGAAGAUUACCCUAGAAAAUAUGUUACUUACGAAGAUUCUCUCAAGGAAAGCAACGAAACAAUUAAACGUGUUGGUAUAAGAGCAGAAGAUUUCUUGUUGUAUACCCAAACUGUUAGUGCAUCAGGUCUUUUGGACUUCGACUGGGAUUCAAAAGAACUCGUUAACCCAGGUGAAACUUUGUUCAAGUGGAUUAGAUUUGAACCGACCAAAUAG